UAAACUCUUCUUGUUCAUGUUCAUCAUCUAAAUCAUAGUCUCAAUUUUCAUUUUCCUUUCACAAACAACUUGAUGCUCUUUUCUUUUCAACAUACAUAAGCUAGCUAAUUCCCUAUGGUUCAGCUAACACUAACAUGCUGGUUUUCUUUCUUGUUCUUUACACAUCUUCUAUCUUUAUCAGGGGUUAUUUCAGUAACAUUCACUUUAGUUAACAAAUGCAACUACACCGUGUGGCCAGCUGCGACCACCACCACCAGCGGCGGAAACCUCUCAACCACCGGCUUCGUCUUAAACUCCGGCGACUCCUCCACCGUCACGGUACCGUCUGACUGGAGCGGCCGAUUCUGGGGCCGGACUCUCUGCUCGACGGACCGCACCACCGGGAACUUCUCCUGCAUCACCGGCGACUGCGGCACAGGGAAGGUCGCAUGCGGCGGCAAUUCAGGAUCGCCGCCGGCCACGCUGGCGGAGUUCGGUUUGAACGGUGCCAACAACCGAGAUUUCUUUGACGUCAGCUUGGUAGACGGUUACAACCUCCCUUUGGCGAUUAUUCCGUUGAGGGGGAACUGCAGCAGCUCCGGGUGCCGUGCGGAUCUGAACGCGAAGUGUCCGUCGGAGCUGAAGGUUACGGCGGAGCAAGCGGUGGUGGCGUGCCGGGGACCUUGCGCCGCGUUCAAUUUGCAGGUUUUUUGCUGCGCCGGGAAUUAUUCGUCGCCGUCGAGUUGCGAGCCGAGUGUGUACGCCAACAUUUUCAAGGAAGCGUGCCCGCAGGCGUAUAGCUACGUCUACGAUGACAGUACGAACACCACGUUUACUUGUGCUUCUGCCACAGAUUACAACAUCACGUUUUGUCCUUCCCCUUCUUCCAAUGACACCAGCUUGGGAUCACUGGACCAAGGUGCGGCGAGUGUUGGCGUCUCAUCCUCACUUACUGCUGGAAGUGAAACAACUCGGUGGCUUUCUCCAUCAGGUGAUUUUGCAUUUGGAUUUUAUGAACUUCCAAAUGAGCUUUUCUUGUUAGCUAUAUGGUAUGACAGCAUAACCAAUGGGAGCAUCGUUUGGUAUGCAAAUGGAGACAACCCUGCUCCUAAAGGAUCAAGGUUGGAACUGAAUGACUCCCAAGGGUUAGUGCUCACCAGCCCUCAAGGUUCAGAGCUAUGGAGAUCAUAUUUCAGAUCUGGUACAGUUUCCAGUGGUCUAAUGAAUGAUGCUGGGAAUUUUCAGCUGAGAGACAAAGAUUUUGUGGUAUUAUGGGAUAGUUUCAGCAAUCCUACUGAUACAUUGGUGCCUACUCAAGUUCUGGAGUUAAAUGGCAAUCUUUCUUCUCGACAAGGAGAGUUCAACUUCUCACGUGGACGGUUCAAACUUCGUCUACAACAGGAUGGGAAUCUUGUAUUCAACCUUAUUAAUUUGCCUAGCAACUACAAUUAUGAGCCUUACAAUAGCACACGCACUGCUGAUGCUAAAAAUCAAACAAAUGCUGGCCAAAGUUUGAUAUUUGACAAAUCAGGAUUUUUGUACGUACUGAAGAAUAGUGGUGAGAAGUUUUAUAUCACUUAUCCAAAUGAGACAGUCUCAACUGAUGGCUUCUAUUACAAAGCAACACUCAAUUAUGAUGGAGUUCUCACCAUAGCAUAUCACCCUAAAGAUCCAAAAAACGGAACAAGCUGGGUUGUUGUUAAAACUAGACCAGAAAACAUAUGUUUGAAUUCUAGAUUCACGGAAGGUGAAGGUGUUUGUGGGUUUAAUAGCAUCUGUACCAUUAAAGAAGACCAAAGGCCAAUGUGUACCUGCCCAGAUGGAUAUUCUCUAAUUGAUUCCAGUAACAUGUAUGGUGGUUGUAUCCCAAAUUUUCAAGUCAUUUGUGAAGCCAGUGGGAAACGGGGUUCACAGGAUGAUCUAUAUACAAUGAUGGAAUUGCCAAACACUGAUUGGCCUAAAUCUGAUUAUGAAACAUUAAGUCCUUCUACUCUACAAGAAUGUAAGGAAUCUUGUAUGCAGGAUUGCUCAUGUGUGUUGGUUUCUUUCAACCAAAGCACCUGCUCGAAGAAGAAGCUCCCACUCUCAUAUGGGAGGAAAGAUCAGGAAGUAGAAGGAGUUUCUGUCAUGAAAUUGAUGAAAAAUGAUCCUCUUGCCUCCUUCCCCAAUAUGAAGAAAGAUCAUGAUACUUUGAUCAUUGUGAUAUCCGUUCUGUUUGGCACCUCUGUUUUUGUCAUUUUAAUGUUGGUUGGAUCAAUAUGUUUUGGGUUCCCUUACAGCCUCAAGAAAAUCAAAAGAAGUAGAACCAAGACCAACAAAGGUUUCUUCGACAAAAAUUUGCGCAAUUUCACCUUCAAGGAAAUUCAAGAAGCAACAAGCAACUUCAGAGAAGAACUGGGAAGGGGAUCUUGUGGCAUUGUCUACAAAGGAGAGAUAGGGAUGACUGGUGUAGCUGUUAAGAAAUUAGACAAGUUGUUCCAAGACAGUGAUAAGGAAUUCCAGACUGAAAUGAAUGUGAUAGGCCAAACUCAUCACAGGAACCUCGUUCGCCUUCUUGGAUAUUGCAAUGAGGGACAACACCGGAUGCUGGUGUAUGAGUUGAUGAGCAAUGGCACCUUAGCAAGCUUCCUUUUCACCCCAUUAAAACCAAACUGGAACCAAAGAGUACACAUUGCCCUUGGGAUUGCAAGAGGCCUUGUUUACUUGCAUGAGGAAUGUUGCACCCAAAUCAUCCAUUGUGACAUUAAGCCACAGAAUAUACUUCUAGAUGAUCACCACAAUGCCAGGAUUUCAGAUUUCGGGUUAGCAAAGCGGUUAUUGAUCAAUCAAAGCCGCACUGAAACUGGAAUUAGAGGAACCAAAGGGUAUGUUGCACCAGAUUGGUUUAGGAGUGCUCCGGUCACUGCUAAGGUUGAUACUUAUAGUUUUGGUGUAUUAUUAUUAGAGAUCAUUUGCUGUAGAAAAAAUGUAGAAAAAGAUCUUGUUGAUGAAGAAAAGGGGAUUUUAAGUGACUGGGCUUAUGAUUGCUACAGGUCUAAAAGAUUAGACAUUCUUCUAGAAAACGAUAAUGAUGCUGCCAUGGACACAAAGAGCUUCGAGAAGUUUGUCAUGAUUGCUAUAUGGUGCAUUCAAGAAGAUCCCUUUCUAAGGCCAACAAUGAAGGAAGUUUUGCACAUGCUUGAAGGAAUUGUUGAAGUUACAAUUCCCCCAAGUCCCUACCUCUAUGGUUCUGUUAGUUGCCAUUGAUAUUUGCUGCUUCUUUACUGCCCUACUUUCGGCACUGAUAGGUAAAGACAUCAUCUCAUUAUUUGUAGUUUAGUGGAAUAAGUUAUGAAAGAGAACGUGAAAUGUCAUUGAUCUUGCUGAAGAGAUUGAAGGCUCAAGUUUCAGAAGUUAAAAGUAUCAUGUUAUAGAACACUGACAAGGUACUGGAUUGUUUAGGUGUAUGAAUUGGAAUUUUUCCACUGAUAUUCAGUCAUUUCUUUUCAUUAUGCAUUAUUAUGUAACAUAUAAUCCAUGUGCAUCUUUAUGAUAUAUUCUCUUGAAAUAAAGUAUGAAAUUGAGGGGAGGGGGAUUUGGAUGCUAUAA